UACUCCAAAUAGGGGAGGAUUUUCUAUUUACUUAAAGGAAAAUUCAAAAUAAUAUUUUGCAAGUAAAUUUGAAAUAUGUCUUGAAGAAAAAAUAAAUAUAAAAAUGGCAGCUGCAAAUGAUGAUGAGAUUCUAGAAGGAUUCCUCUGCCCUAUUUGCAAAGCUGACCUAAAAUCAGCUAGCCAGCUUACGAGUCACUUCGAAACCCAACACGAAGAAGAGCAAGAUUUACUGAGGUCCCUAAAAGACAUAUUUGGUAAAGCUAAAAAAAUUAUACUCAAUGCCGAUGAAAAUGAUUUAAAGGAAACGUUUGACCGUGCUUUGAAGUUCAAUAUACAGGAUACAUUUUAUGUACAAGAAGAACAAACUGUCGGAGUUUAUCGAAGCUCAAUUGACUAUUUCCGAGCCGUGAGAGUAGCUAGGCUAGAACGAUAUGCUACUGAAACUAACAAAUUACUGAUUAGGCUAGACAAAUUAGUGUGUAAUAUGCCCAAUGAAGCAAGCCAGAGAAAACAACAUGAACAGGAGGUUGUUCCAUGGCUAGAUGGAUCUUCUGUAAAGUUAUGUCCCAACUGUGCUAAAUCAUUUAAUCUUACUAGAAGAAAACACCACUGCAGGCUGUGUGGUUCUAUACUUUGCCAUGACUGUUCUCUGUUUUUAGACCUCAGUGUAGCUAAGGCUAUAGUAGAUCCAUCUGUUUCACAACCACCAACUACUCAAGAAGUAUCAGAAAAGACUGGUCUCCGUCUGUGUGAGCAUUGUUAUAAUCUAGUUGAAUUACGAAAACAAGUCCAAGAGAGUCGUAAUGCUAAAACACCACUUAUGUCAACUUAUGAACAGAUGAGGAAUUUGAUGGACCAGGCAAAACCAGCUGUCGCUAUGUAUGAAAAGAUGUGUCAAAGCCUCUUUGAUGGUGAGACUACAUACAAUUUGCAAGAUGUUAAUGCAAUGAGAGGCAAGAUUGGUAAACAAGCAGAGGGAAUUGACAUACUUAGCAAAAAGAUUGCAGGAUAUCCGGCUGAGCCAGGCACACGGCAGGCAAAACUACAGAACUCUAUAAGACAGGCUGCAGCACAUUUUAUCAAGGAAGAAUUACUAUCAUUACGUAAACUCCCAACGGAAUCCCAAAUUGAAGAGGUUCGUAAAGAGAGAUAUGAGAAGGCCCAAAGACAAGUGGAACUCGAGAGGCGACGCGCAGAAAGAGAUAGAGAUUGGAAAGAGGGAGAGGGAAGUGGGAAUGGAAGUGGUACAAGCAAAAUACAGCAUGAUGACGAUAAUCCAUUGCUAGAACAAAUGAAUAUUAUUAGAGGAUACAUUAAAGAUGCUCGAAAGGAACUGAGAUUCGAAGAGGUUGCGAUUCUUGAAACAAAUCUCAAGGAACUGAAAAAGGAAUAUCAAUUCCAAAUGCUGUCUAACAAACCCUAGUCAAUUUUUGUUGUUAUUCUAUUUAUAUUUGCAUUUUUGUAUUCCAAACACUAGUUAAUAUUCAAUUUAU